CCGGAAGUGGCUGGAGGCCCCGCCCCUCACCGGGGUCUCUCUGGAGCUGUGGACGCGCCGGCUUUGAGCAUCCCUGGCGGGCCCCGGGGAGGCCCUGGGGCUGCGGCUCUGGUGGCCGCGGCCCCGCCCGCCUUCGACAUGGCCAGCUCCGGAGAGGACACAUCCAACGAGGGCGAUGUGCCCCCUGCAGGAGCCACCAUGGCGGUGGGCGCCCAUCUUCUUGGCUUCUCGGAUGAGAUCCUCCUGCACAUUCUGAGCCAUGUGCCCAGCACAGACCUGGUCCUGAACGUCCGGCGCACCUGCCGGAAGCUUGCAGUUCUGUGCCUGGACAAAAGCCUGACCCACACCGUGCUGCUGCAGAAGGAUUAUGAGGCGAGCGAGGACAAGGUGAAGCACGUGGUGAAGGAGAUCGGCCGUGAGAUCCAGCAGCUCAACAUGGCUGGCUGCUACUGGCUGUCGGGUGCCACCAUUGAGCACGUGGCCCGCUGCCGCAGCCUGGUGAAGGUGAACCUGUCGGGCUGCCACCUGACCUCCCUGCGCCUCUCCAAGAUGCUGUCGGCCCUGCAGCACCUGCGCUCCCUGGCCAUCGAUGUGAGCCCCGGCUUCGACGCCGGCCAGCUGAGCGGCGAGUGCAAGGCCACGCUGAGCCGCGUGCGGGAGCUCAAGCAGACGCUGUACACACCGUCCUAUGGCGUCGUGCCCUGCUGCACCAGCCUCGAGAAGCUGCUGCUCUACUUCGAGAUCCUGGACCGCACGCGGGAGGGCGCUGUGCUCUCGGGUCAGCUCAUGGUGGGCCAGAGCAACGUGCCGCACUACCAGCACCUGCGCGUGUUCUAUGCACGCCUGGCACCCGGCCACGUCAACCAGGAGGUGGUGCGGCUCUACCUGGCCGUGCUCAGCGACCGCACACCCGAGAACCUGCACGCCUUCCUCAUCUCCGUGCCUGGCAGCUUCGCGGAGAGCGGGGCCACCAAGAACCUCCUGGACUCCAUGGCCCGCAAGGUCGCGCUGGACGCCCUGCAGCUGCCCAAGUCCUGGCUCAAUGGCUCGUCGCUCCUUCAGCACAUGAGGUUCAACAACCCCUUCUACUUCAGCUUCAGCCGCUGCGCCCUGUCCGGCGGCCACCUGAUCCAGCGGGUCAUCAAUGGCGGCAGGGACCUCCGGAGCCUGGCGAGCCUGAACCUCAGCGGCUGCGUGCACUGCCUGUCCCCAGACUCACUGCUCCGCAAGGCGGAGGACGAUAUCGACAGCGGCAUCCUGGAGACACUGGUAGCGUCCUGCCACAACCUGCAGCACCUCAACCUGUCGGCCGCCCACCACCAUAGCGCUGAUGGCCCAGGCCGGCACCUCUGCCAGCUGCUGGCCCGCCUGCGCCGCCUGCGCUCGCUGGCCCUACCCGUGUGCGCUGUGGCCGAGGCGGCACCGCGGCCUGACCGAGAACCGGCCCCGCACGCCGUGCCCCGCGGCUGCGGCAAGAAGGUGCGCAUCGGUGUGCAGUCAAGCCCCGCACCCCUCGCGGGGCAGGCGGCCCCCCAACCCUCCUCCGUGUUCUGGUCCCUGCUGAAGAGCGUGCCCUUCCUGGAGCGCCUUGAGCUCAUUGGCUCCAGCUUCUCCUCUGCCAUGCCACGCAAUGAGCCCGCCAUCCGCAACUCCCUCCCACCCUGCAGCCGUGCGCAUAGCGUUGGGGACGCGGAGGUGGCUGCUGUGGGCCAGCUGACCUUCCUGCGACACCUGACGCUGGCCCAGCUGCCCGGCAUCCUGACGGGCUCUGGGCUGGUCAGCAUCGGCCUACAGUGCCAGCAGCUGCAGUCCCUGUCGCUGGCCAACCUGGGCCUCAUGGGGAAGGUGGUCUACACAUCUGCUCUCUCGGACAUGCUGAAGCACUGCAAGCGGCUGAAGGACCUCAGGCUAGAGCAGCCCUACUUCAGCGCCAACGCCCAGUUCUUCCAGGCACUGAGCCAGUGUUCCGCGCUGCAGCGCCUCUGCCUGGUGUCGCGCAGUGGCACCCUCCAGCCCGAGGCCGUGCUGGCCUUCAUGGCGCGUUGCCUGCACGUCGUCGUGUGCCACAUGUUCACCGGGGAGUCCCUGGCCACCUGCAAGAGCCUGCAGCAGUCCCUGCUCCGAAGUUUCCAGGCUGAGCGGCCAGCGCUGAAUGUCGUCAUCUUCCCUCUGCUCCACGAGGGCCUGACCAAUGUCAUCCGGGACGUCCCCAUGGUGCACCUGGAUGAGAUCACCUUAUUUAAAAGCAGAGUGGCAGAGGAGCCACCGAACUUGUGGUGGUGACAGGGACAGCUUGCACUGGCCGAAGCUGCUUCCGUCGGCCAAGCCUCCCGCCUGCUGCUGGCACCUCUGUCUGUCUGGGCCAAGAAGCAGGAUGGCCCGGACCAGGCCCGCAGCCUCGAUGCUGCGCCCCACCUGCCCCUGCUGGACGCCAGGGUCCCCUCUGCCCAGCCGUCCUGUGCACCCACCACCCCCCAGGGCCUCCCGGGGUUUCCUCUAGCUUUCUCUUGGCGCUCAGCACUCAGUGCAACGUUGGUUGAGAUCUGUGAGGAGGGUAAGCAGGAAGAGCCAGCUAUCAGGGUGACCUGCGGGGCCCCGUGUGGGUGUUCCUGACUUGAGAUGUGCUCCCGUCCCAGGAUACUGACUCCCAGGGGCCCUGAUCGGGUCCCCAGAGCACCACAGGCCUUAUGGCUGCCUCCACCACCACUUCAACCCUCCAGAGCGACUGUGUGCUCAUGUGUUCUGGGCCACCUGCUGUCAUGCUCUGUGCAGGGGCGGCUGGGGACCCAGUGCUGGGGUGACAUGUGCGUGUGCCUGUGAGGGUGACAUGGCGGCACGGCCGGUGACCACGCUCUCCCUCCCUCGGGCCAGCUGGGAGCAUGAUGCAGGGAGCAGCUCACAGGUUUGGGCUUCUCCUUCCCGGUAAGACACGUUUUAACCCAGUAAUGUUCCUAGUACAUUGCCAGCCAGUGUCAGCCAAGGUCAGGGCCGCUGGCUGGGCAGGGCACCCCUGGGGCUGGGAUUACCAGGUCUGCCUGGGGUCUGGCCCGCCAUGCGGCCCUUGUGACAGUCAGCUUUAGAACCUGCUGUCCCCAGGAAGACCCGCGUUUCUGGGGAAAUAGAUACACCUGACUUUGUUAAAGAAACCUGAAAUAUUAAAACUUAGGAAGGACAUUUAAGGCCAGAGUAGUGAUCAGAUCACCCCGUGUCAUAUAGCUUUAUUUAACACUUUAAAAAUUUUAGUGUAGUUUUUCCAAAAAUGAGGAGCGACCCCCCAGUGUCCAAGGCCUCCCUCCUGUACGGAGCCCACUGCCUCUGCCUUCUCUAUUGCAAGACACUGCCCUCCCCAACCAAGCCGUCGGCCGGGAGCUUCCGCAGGGCUGUGGCUGCACUUCCUCCACCCCGAGUCCGCCCGACACGCGGGGGGCCAGCCGCCUUUUAGCCGGGGGCGGCUGGUGUGCGCGGGGGCGGUCCUGCACUCGGCUAGGGGCACAGAACCCACGGCCCUGCUCAGACCUCGGCCCCCAGCCCAGCCGUCUUCCCCCUCUGUUUCUGCGGUGACAGCCUCCCCCACUCUCCCAUUCUGUGUAGUGUUUCCUGCAGUUUAUCUACUAGAAGACCAGGCCCCUGGGUUUUUCAUUUGCCUUUCCUUCCCUGGAUUCUUGCGGGGCAAACGGUUCAGCAGCCCCUGACUCUGCCAGGCUGGGGGGUUCCAGGGAGGGCAGCGGCAGACAGCAGCUGCAGGAAUCCAGCAGACCUCCCCGCACCCGCCCCCACCCUGGCCCCGUCCGGGCGGAUGGAGACUGCCCAGGUGGAGGCGGUGGUUCGCAUGCCCUUUCCUUGCCUGGCUGCAGCUGGCAUUUCUUUCCAGCCUGGUCAGAGGGACAGGUCUGCUGGCCCUACGCCUUGGAGGUCCCACUGCAGUCUGAGAGCCCCUCCUGCUGGCCUUGCAGGCUGAGGGACAGACUGCUGCGGGCCCCAGAGAGACAGGGCCAAGGUCCCUAGAGGGCCACGUGGCUGUAGAUGGGGUCUUCGUGUUGGUGGGAGCACCUCUCCUCCCCAGUUUGGGGUGUGUCUUUCAGGUGGUGCCUAAAGGCCCCCAGGCAAGGGUGGUCAGGAAGGGCCGUGUGGGGACUGUGCCCUUCUCAUGCUCCUGUCUGGUCUCGGCCUGACUGCUAGGGAGGGGUAGUCUGGAGGGAGGUGCCCGGGGCCCUGGGCGGCUCUGGGGACCCUGGUCUUCAGAGCAAGCCGGGCUCGGGCUGGAGAAUGCACUUUAUCCAGAGGCGAGACCGAAGGCUCACGGGUCCUCAUGAGCAAGCAGUCUUCAGCAGUGGUGGCGCUUAUGCAGCAAGCAGCCUGCAAGGGGCCGUUCAGCGGAGGUGGGGGGCACGAGCUGCUGCGGGACGCGGCCCCCGAACAGCAGACCCUGUAUUUUUAGUGCCCCUGUAACCGUUCUUCUACUUAGAGCGAGAAUUUCCGCUGCUUCGACACCCGAGACAGGAUCCACCAGAUGUUAAUAACAUGCUUAUUCUCACUAA